CCGCAUUACCGCACGCCUCUUUGGGUCGCCGGUACCACACCUUAAACGUUACCCCGGGUCUCGUCACCUUCGCGCUUCUCCAUCCUGACCCUACCUUGCAAAUCGACCAAGUACCCGCUCUUCUGCCGUUGACGCUACCAUCGCCACCAUGUCGUCGAACAAGACCAGCCCAUUGACCGAGACCUCCUCGUUUCUCACGCUGCAGCCGGUGCCAGCCCUGAUCGGAGGCACGGUCCUGCUCGAGACUGGACGCACCUUCGAUGUCAUCCGACCAGACCGGGAGGCUGGUCCCAAGGUCCACUCAGUUGUGAGCUGUGGCCCGACAGAGGCGACCGCAGCAGUCGAUGCAGCAGCGGCAGCGCUGCCAGCCUGGAAGGCUACCUCUUACACUGAGCGCCGAAACAUCUUUCUCAAGGCUGCAGAGCUCCUGCGCCAACGCGCCGAGGAGUACACCAAGCUCACAGCAGAGGAGACUCCCUUGGACCUGGCUUUUGCUGGAUUCGAGAUCGGUGGCCUGGCCAUUCCUCAGCUUGAAGAGACUGCAGCUGUCAUUACACAAGCUCUCAAGGGGGAGUUUCCUCGCAUCGAUGCCUCCGGAAAGAGGGAGCUCAUCCAACGAGAGCCCUACGGUGUCGUACUAGGCAUCUCGCCCUGGAACGCACCUUUCCUGUUGGCCCUCCGAGCUAUCUUGAAUCCCCUAGCCGCUGGCAACACCUGCGUGCUCAAGACAUCUGAGCACUCCCCUCGGACCAACAUGGCUUGUGCUCAGCUUUUGUAUGAUGCUGGACUGCCCCGUGGCGCCCUGUCUGUCGUCCACUCUUCACCAGAAGACGUCGUCGAGGUGACGCGCACGCUGAUUCGACACCCGGCCGUUCGCAAGAUCAACUUCACGGGCUCAACGCGAGUGGGGCGUCUGAUUGCCGCGGAAGCGGCGCAGGUCCUCAAGCCUUGCGUUCUCGAGCUCGGAGGUAAGGCGCCACAGAUCGUCCUCGACGAUGCCAACAUUCCUUUGGCUGCGAACAAUGCCAUCGUCGGCGCUUUCAUGAAUGCGGGUCAGAUUUGCAUGGCGACCACCAUCGUCAUCAUCGAUGCUAAGGUCGAGAAGGAGUUCCUCGCUGAGGUCACAAAGAUCUUCCGGGAGAACCGCGAAGCUCUUCACUACUACGCAAAAGGUCCUUCCCAGCAGGUGCGAGCUCUCUUCUCUUCUGCGUCGGCAAAGAGGGCCAGUGAAAUUGUGGAUGACACUUUGAAGCAAGGCGCUCAGGUCCACGCCGGCGAACCCAAUGCUGUCAACGUUGAGAAGGCUCAGAUCCCUCCUAUGGUCAUUUCUGGAACAAAGCCCGACAUGAGGCUCUUCAUCGAGGAAGCCUUUGCCCCUCUACUUGCUGUGACCUCUUUCACAACCGAUGAUGAAGCCGUCAAGCUUGCCAACAGGACCUCUGCCGGCCUUGCUGCCUCGGUCUACGGAAGCAACGAGACAAGGGCCCUACAGGUGGCAAACCAAAUCGAGUCUGGCCAGGUACACAUUAACUCCAUCACUGUGCAUGAUCACCCAACCGUUCCCCACGGUGGUUGGAAGGAGAGUGGGUACGGCCGUUUCAAUGGCAUUGAAGGUAUCAAAGAGUUCACUCAGACGCGAACGAUCACCAUGACCCAGCCAUCAGCACUCCCGUUCUUCAUCUUGUAA